AAUUUGUUUGCGGCCCGCUAGAUGCCGACAACAACCAUGUCUUCUGAACCGCAUCGAACGCCUCUUCGUCGGAUAUCUCAAGGAUCUCUUUUUCGUCUUUCACGUUCAAACGCGAACCAAGAUGCCCCUCAUGGACUGGAAUUUCUCGAGCCAGCUAUGGCAGAGCUCAUCGACGAAACCGAAGCCUUGCAGAACAACGUCGAAGGGCUAAAGCACCUCAGCGACUCACUUGCGACCUUUAACGAAUCAUUUGCCAGCUUGAUGUACGUGAUGGACAUGAAUGCGCUAACGACAGACUGGCCACAGGCUCCAACGGACGCGUCGUUCCUCCUGGCAAAGAGAAGAGCAGAGGAGGACGCGCUCGUUGCGCUUCAGGCAGCAGAGGAGACUAAGCGAAAAUUGGAAACAACGGCAGGCCCUUCAAAUCUUGCGGACAAGACGACAACAACAGAAACAGAGCCGGAAACAACGUACAUUACUGCCGGAAAUACCACAAAAUCCUCAGCACCCCAGAAGAAGAGAGGGAAGAAGCCGAAACUGACACCAAAGGAGAAGAAGGAACGCAGUUUGGAGAUCGAAAAAAUAAUAUCAUCUCUACCUCUUGAAUUCCGUGGAAGUGAUCCUACGCUUCGUCGCAAUAUGGAAAUGGUCAUAGAGGGCAUGAUAGAUUCCCCUAAUCAAGUCGUCAAACUGACCGAUCUAAUACUACCAGAUCUUCCGCACGCACGAGUUAACAAGUGUCUCAUAGCCUUAGUGAACAGGAAGAUCGUACGGAAGGACAAUAGUACAGGGGUGGUUCUCUACCACUGGCAGGGACUGCAGUGAUUAAGCGUUGUUCAUCCCUGUUCUAUUGGUCGCUUUGUACAUUUGAUGUCCGCUGUAUGAUAUUCGCUUUGACCUCAGUGAUAAAGUAUACAACCGAGCAAACCGACUUUGGAGCAUCCGUGACCCGCCCUGCCGUCUGUUACUGGGAUAUCCAUUGUGCACUCAUCCAAUAUUCCGUCUGCAGCGAGCCCG